AGUAGAGGUGCACAUAUCGAUUUUGCAUUUUUCGUUAAUCAAAUGGGAAAAUCAUCCAAGGAUAAACGUGAUAUUUAUUAUCGAUUAGCCAAAGAGCAAGGUUGGCGAGCUCGUAGUGCAUUUAAGUUAUUACAAAUUGACGAAGAAUUUAAUAUAUUUGAAGACGUUCAACGUGCAGUUGAUUUAUGUGCUGCACCAGGCAGCUGGUCUCAAGUUUUGUCAAAAAAGCUAAAUGAAAUUCGUCCAGAAGAUGCUCCGUUACCAAAGAUUGUUGCCGUAGAUCUGCAAGCAAUGGCACCUCUUGAAGGUGUAAUUCAGAUUCAAGGAGACAUUACAAAAGUAUCUACUGCAGAACAAAUUGUUUCACGUUUUGAAGGAGAGUUGGCUGACCUUGUUGUCUGUGAUGGUGCACCUGAUGGUAUAUCAUUUUCUGAAUUACUAAUUUAUCUUCUUUUUUCUUAUCCUAACUCUAAUCAUUUUAAAGUGACUGGUCUUCAUGAUAUGGAUGAAUAUAUUCAAGCACAAUUAUUACUGUCAGCUUUAAAUAUCACAACUAAUAUACUGAAGCCUGGUGGAACUUUUGUGGCAAAAAUUUUCCGCGGUAAAGAUGUCACUCUAUUAUAUGCUCAACUUAAAAUCUUUUUUCCAACCGUUACUUGCAGCAAGCCAAGAAGCUCAAGAAAUUCCAGUAUUGAUUAUAAACCAACAAUGAUAGAUCCUUUACUUGAUUUAUCAUACGGGAAUGAACUUUUGGGCCCAAAUCGUGUGAUCGUGCCAUUCAUAGCUUGUGGUGAUUUAAGUGGAUUUGAUUCAGACAUGACUUAUCCGCUUGAGAAAAAAAGUUUGGAUCCUUUACAACCUCCAAUAAGUGCACCUUAUCGGACUGCUAUUAAUUUGAAGCAAAAUAAUUUUUAUAACAAAAUUUCAUAA